CUGCUGUCCUGGGCCAUGCACCCGUUCCCGUUCCUGGCGCGCGUCGACCCCGAUGCGCGCAAGGGCACGCUCGUCUACCAGCUGGUGGCACGCUCCAGCAGCCAAGGAAACACCUCUGCUGGCAUAACCUACACACUCCUUGCAGGUGGUGAGGAGCGAUUCCAGGUGGAUAAGGACACUGGCAUCAUCAUGACCACUGGCUUGCCCCUGACGUGGAACAAGGAGUACGUGGUUACUGUGGAAGCCUCUGAUGAGAACGGCAGCAAGAGCCCCUACGCCUCCGUUUCCAUCCUGGCAGGCUCCCGACCUCCACAGUUCACCAACAUGUCCUACAGCGUGUUUGUCCCUGAAAACACUCCAGCAGGAGAAAGAGUAGCAGUUGUUGAGGCUGUUUCCUUCCAGAGCCAGCCUCUUUCCUACAGUCUCCUGACGAACCCGUCCGGGCUGUUCCGGGUGAGGCAGGAGAGUGGGGAGCUCAGCCUGACCCACCCCGUGGACUAUGAGAGUGAGCACCACCUCUACCAGCUGCUGCUGAGAGCCAUGGAAGCUGAGAGCACCCUCAGCACUGUGACUGAGGUCAUGGUCCACAUCACCGAUGAAAACGACUGUUCUCCCGAAUUCCAGCGCUCCAUCUACAGCAGAGACAACGUUCCCGAAACCAUUCCUGUUGGGACGUCCCUUCUGCAAGUGCUUGCAACAGACUGCGACUCCGGCUCCAACGCUGAGAUCUCUUACUUCAUUCAGAGCACUGAUUUUUCCAUCACACGUCACGGGGUCAUCAAUUCUAACCAGAGGCUGAACUUUGAGCGGGCAAACCACAUGUACGAGUUUGUGGUGAUAGCUGUGGACAGAGGACAUCCCCCUCGGACGGGGACGGCGUCCGUGCGCAUCCGAGUGGCCAACGUCAACGACGAGGCUCCCGUCUUCUCCCAGCCCGUUUACAGGACUUUCCUUUCGGAGGAUGCUGGUCCUGGCACCUUGGUGGCUACUGUUCGGGCAGAGGACCCUGAUGGAGAUGGGCUCCUUUAUCUGAUUACAGGAGGCAAUGAGGAGGGCAACUUUGAGAUGGAUAGCCAGAAAGGUAUCAUCAAACUCCGGAGAAACCCACCACCCAGUCUGAAAGGGCCACAGUACACCCUGAAUGUCACUGCCAUAGACGACAAUGCCUCGGGGGGACCCACUCCUCUCAGCAGUUUUGCUGAGGUUAUUGUAGGAGUUAAUGACAUAAAUAACAACAAGCCUGUCUUUAGAGAGUGCGCUUACUACAGUGACAGCACCUGGGUUCUGGAGAAUCAGCCUCCAGGCACGCAUGUGCUGCAGGUGGAAGCCUAUGAUGCAGACCUUGGCAUCAAUGGAGAGGUGAAGUAUGGGCUCAUGCACCGAGAUGGAGCUUCCCUGGGCUUCAGCAUUGACCCCGACACAGGAGCCAUCAGCACCACGCGCAGUUUCGACCGGGAGGAGCAGCGGGAGCACACCCUGUGUGUCACUGCCACGGACCAGGCGCGGGAGCCGCUGAUCGGCGUGUGCCAGCUCACCGUGCUCAUUGCCGACCUCAACGACAACGACCCCACCUUUGAGAACAGCCGCUACCAGUACUUCCUUAGUGAAGACACUCCGGUGGGGAUGAGUUUCCUCCGAGUUGCAGCUCACGACCGUGACCAGGGUGUGAAUGCUGCUGUCACAUACUCGAUGUUAGAGCAUCAGCUGGAAUACUUCCAGAUCAACCCCAGCACAGGCUGGGUGUAUGUGAAUUGCCCGCUACCCCAGCCGAUGCGCAUCAGCCGCUAUAUUGUAGCGACAGACGGGGGGAACAGGAGCAGCACGGUGGAGCUGACGGUGACGGUCACCAGUGCACGGAGCCAGCCCCCCCGCUGGGAGCAGGGCACCUACUGGGUAACCAUCCCCGAAAACACCAUUCGUGACACCAGCAUUGUGACCAUCAAAGCCACAUCCCCUCUUGGUGAUCCCAGGGUUACGUAUAAUCUGGAGGAGGGUCAAGUUCCAGAGACUAACAUGCCAGUUCGUUUCUAUCUGAAGCCAAACAGAGCUGAUGGAUCUGCUUCUCUUCUAGUCGCUGAGCCACUUGACUUUGAGACAACUAAGUUUUUCACCCUGACAGUCCGGGCACAAAAUGUAGCAAUGACUCCUUUAGCUUCCUUUGCCACUGUUUGUGUGAAUAUAACAGAUGUCAAUGAUAAUGUUCCAUUCUUCAUGUCCUCUAACUACGAGGUGUCUGUGCCAGAAGGAGCUGAUGUUGGCACGUCCGUGGUCCAGGUGUUAGCUAUGGACUUGGACUCUGGCCUGCAUGGACAGGUUCACUACUUAAUAUUAAAAGAUGCUAAUGAGGAUUAUCAGUUCUUCACCAUUGAACCUGAGACAGGAAUUAUUUCUACCCAGGCAUCUUUUGACAGAGAGAAAAGAGCCUCUUACUUGAUUGAAGUUCAGUCUCAGGACUUAUCAGAAUCUGCUAGACCUGGUGUUCACGGGCAGCCCAACACAGACACAGCCUACGUGAGGGUGUUUGUCAGCGAUGUGAAUGACAACGCUCCGGCGUUUCCUCGGUCGGUGUAUGAGGUCAGCGUAGAUGAGGACAGGGAUGUUGGAACUCCUGUUGUGACAGCAACAGCAAAUGAUCAAGAUGAGGGUGCAAAUGCCAAACUAAGAUAUCAGAUCACUUCAGGAAAUGUGAAAGGGUUUUUUGAUGUGGAACCUGAGAUUGGAACUGUCUUCAUUGCUCAGCCUCUGGAUUAUGAACAAGAACAACAUUAUGAGCUCCGGCUUGUGGCUUCUGAUGGAAAAUGGGAAAACCACACUCUUAUCAUCAUCAAUGUUGUCAAUAAGAACGAUGAAGCACCAGUCUUCACUCAGAAUGAAUACCAGGGCAGUGUCUUGGAGGAGCUCACAGAUCUGCCUGUACUUGUCCUGAAGGUUUCUGCGACGGAUCCCGACCAGGCAGCAGAUCAAAAUGCCAUUAACUAUUCCCUGCACGGCCAGGGAGCCAGCAGCGAAUUCAGCAUCAAUGAGAGCACAGGUGAGAUCAGCGCACACAAACAGCUGGACCGAGAGAAGCGAUCAACGUGGCGCUUCCUCGUUCUUGCCACGGAUGAGGGCGGAGAGGGACUGACUGGCUUUGCAGAUGUGAUCAUAGAAGUGGGGGACGUGAACGACAACGCGCCCCUUUUCCUCUGCGUGUCCGAUGGCUGCUUCACGGGCCGCAUCCCUGAGGACUCUCCGGCUGACACUCCUGUCAUGGAAAUGACAGCAGUGGACCUCGAUGACCCCAAGGCUGGUAUAAAUGCUGUUCUGACAUACACUAUCAUCCAGAACGUCAAAAACGAAAUUAAUUUGAACUUGUUCUCAAUUGAUCCAGUCAGUGGCACCAUCUCUACGGUGCUGGGGGCCUUGGACCGCGAGAAGGAAGACAAGUACCUCGUGGUGGUCGAGGCCAGAGAUGGAGGAGGGCUCACUGGGACAGGCACCGCCACUAUUUUGGUGACUGACAUUAAUGAUCAUGCUCCAGUCUUCCUGCAAAGGAUUUACACAGCAUUUGUCUCUGAGAAUGCAAGUAUUAACACUGAGGUGGUGGUGGUGUCAGCUGUGGACAGAGAUGAGGGAGAAAACGCCAUGGUGACGUUCAGCAUCGUCGAUGGGGACAAUGACCGCAAGUUCUCCAUAGAGACAGAUGAAAUCAACAACUGUGGGUUUAUCCGACUACACAAACAGAUUGACUUUGAGAAGCCUCAUGAGAGGGUGUUCAAUUUGACUGUGAAAGCAGAGGACAUGGAUUUCUUCAGCAUUGCUUACUGUGUGAUCUAUGUGGAGGAUGCAAAUGAUCAUGCUCCUGUCUUCUAUCCCCAGUUCUAUGAAGUGGCUGCACUUGGGGAAGAUGUACCAGUUGGUACCAAAGUUAUUCAGGUUUCUGCUGUGGACUUGGAUUCUGGCCUGAAUGGGAGGUUUUUUUUCCAUCUGCUAAACAAGUCUGAUCCCGGUGGCCAGUUCUCUUUGGACAGUGAUGGGUGGCUGAUGGUUGCAGGAUUGCUGGAUCAUGAGACAGUGGCUCAGUACCAACUCAUUGUGAUUGCCACUGAUAUGGGACAGCCCCCUCUGACUGGCAGUGCCACCGUUGUAGUGACUCUGCAGGAUGUAAAUGACAAUGGGCCAGAGUUUGAGGCACAUUAUAACCCAGUGGUCUGGGAAAACACAGCUUCUCCACAGGUUGUCCCAAUGAACGAGACCUGCAGGCUGCUGUACGCCAAGGACCGAGACACUGCUGCGAACGGAGCGCCUUUCUCCUUUCGCCUUCUCGGGGAUCUCGACAGCCUGACCAGCUUCAGCCUGCAGGACUUCCACAAUGGCAGUGCCAUGCUGACUGCACUGCGCACCUUUGACAGGGAGGUGCACAAGGCCUUCUACCUGCCCAUCCUGAUCACAGACAGCGGGAUGCCCCCCAUGAGCUCCACCAACACCCUGACCGUGAACAUCGGGGACCAGAAUGACCACCCGCAUUCUGCUGGCUACAUGGAAUGCCUCAUUUACAGCUAUGAUGGUAUUCUCCCCACGACUGCACUGGGCCAGGUCAGUGCCCCUGAUGCUGAUGACUGGGAUCGCAAAAUCUACCAGUUUGAAGGGAAAGCAUCAAGGUACUUUAUCCUUAAUGAUAACUCAGGUUUGCUGACUAUUAAAGAAGGAACCCCACCAGGAACAUACAACAUAAGAGUUAGAGUCAUUGAUGGAGUCUGGCCAGAUGUUAUCUCCACUGUAAAGGUUAUAGUGAAGGAAAUCAAAGAUGAUGCCCUCCAAAAUGCUGGUUCUGUACGAAUAAAAGGUAUCACACCAGAGGAGUUCAUAUCCCAGUCCCCUGAAAAACAAAGUAAAUACUACCAGAUGAAGAAGCUGCUUUCAGAAAUUCUCUCAGUUCAACUGGAAAAUGUUCACAUUUUCAGUGUACUGAAUAGCCCAAGUCCAAUCCAAGGGGUUGAUGUUUGGUUUGCAGUUUAUGGUCCACCUUAUUAUAAAGCAGAAAAACUUAAUGGCAAUGUAGCAGCUUCCAGAGCUUGGCUGGAAAGUGUUCUGCACAUAAAUAUCACCCAGGCUGGCAUUGAUGAAUGUGUGACUGCAGACUGCACUCACAGCAGCGGAUGCAUCAGUAAGCAUGAGCAGACCCAUGUACCAACCAUAACCACAGCUGGAAGCGUUUCCCUGGUGUCUGUGACAGUCCUGAGCCAGGCUGUGUGUGGCUGUGCUGCUCGGGAGAAUCCUCACCUUUCCUGCUCCUCGUACCAGACAAACCCUUGUCUCAACGGUGGCACCUGUGUGGAUACUGUCUUGGGCUACAGAUGCAAAUGUGCUGCCAAUUUUCACGGACCAGACUGCCAGCAGACAAAACACAGCUUCAGAGGCCAUGGUUAUGCCUGGUUCCCUCCUCUCCAGCCUUGCUUUGAGAGCCGCAUCUCCCUAGAGUUUGUCACUGAGGUUGUGGAUGGCCUUCUGUUGUACCAUGGACCAGCAGCCCAGGGGCAGCCUGGGGAACGGGAGCCUUUCCUUGCUUUAGGACUCUCUGGUGGUGUCCCGUCGCUGACCGUGAGCCACAGCUCUGGUGAGCUUUUCCUGCAGCUGUCACAAAAAGUUAAUGUUGCAGAUCGCCGCUGGCACAAUAUUAAAAUUAUAAAUGAUGGAAAGGAAGUGAAGUUGAUUCUUGACAACUGCAUGAAUGUCUCAGUUAGAGACAAUGGCAGUGUCACUAAGAAAAUUUCCCAAAUGGAUCUGUCUGCCUGUGAAGCCUCUGGAGAGAUUGUGGGAUCUCAAAGCCUGGGUAAGCUCUUCAGUGGCCAUCAGCCCCUGCAGCUGGGUGGAGUUAAGAAGACCUUGCCUCACCACAGCUCCCAAAGGCACUUCAGAGGGUUUGUGGGCUGCAUACGCAAUGUCAUCGUUGAUAGUAAGGUCUAUGAUUUAGAGCACCCUGCAGAGUCCCUGAACAGUGCUCCUGGCUGUGUCCUUAUGGAUGAAAUGUGUCAGAGUGGCGGCGUGGCCUCCUGUGGCACCCAUGGCAAGUGUGUUGGUGGCUGGGAUUUCUUUCACUGUGACUGCUCCCCAGGAUAUGCUGGAUUAGCAUGUGAAAAAGUUCUUCCAGAAUGGGCUUUUGGAAGGGACAGCUGGAUCCAUUUCGAGCCCAGGAGCAUCCUCAGCCCCCGAAGCACUCGGAUCCAGCUGAUGGUGCGCACGCGGCUGUCCCACAGCACGCUGCUCAGCCUGGCCUCUGCAGGUGGCAACGGGCACAUCCAGCUGCAGGUGGUUGAGGGUUUCUUUAGUGUUAACUUCAGCUUGGGGGACAAAAAUCACUCUUUGAGAAUGAGAACAUUGCGUAUAAACAAUGGCCAGUGGGUUCUUCUGACCAUGGAGCGCUACAACAAUGAAUUUACCCUGCGUGUUAACAGUGGUGGAGGUGAUCAAGAAGUCACCUCUGUCUUGGGUAUGAACAGAUGGUUUGAAAUGGAUUGGGCAAGCAUCGUGCUAGGAAACCACCUUCCCAGUCAUUCAGAGAGUGAUUUCCAAGGCUGUAUGCGUGAUGUCCAGCUGGAUGGUCAUCCACUCCUCGUGGAAGGCAGAAACACAGAGUUUGGGUUAAUUUUGAGGCGACAAGGGGUUACCAUGGGAUGCCAUUCCAGUGCCUGCAGCAGCCAGCCCUGUUACAGCCCCUUCCUUUGUGUGGACCUUUGGAGAAAAUAUGAAUGCCGAUGCCCAGCUGGGAAAGUAGAAGUGACUGACACCCUUACAGGACUCAGACAUUGUACUUCAUCCCCUUGUGGACACUGGACCUGUAGAAAUGGAGGUACCUGUGUGGCUCAAUCCCAAGACAAGACUAUCUGCCAGUGCCCUGAAGGUUACAAGGGAAGAUGGUGUGAAAUUAGCCAGGUGAAGGCUGGAAGACCUGUUGGACUAAGCUCUGGCUCUAUUCUGGCAAUCAGCAUGUGUCUCCUUGUCUUCCUAGCACUUUUGGUUUCCUACACAGUGUGGAGUCAGUGGGGAAGUUCAGGGUUUCGGAAAGGAGGAAUUUACCACAUUCCUGAAGAGCGUGAAAGCUGGGAGGAUGUUAGGGAAAAUGUCUUCAAUUAUAAUGAAGAAGGAGGUGGAGAGCGUGACCAGAAUGCUUAUGAUAUAGAUGAACUGAAGAAACCUCUCCAUAAAAUUCCCCGCUCCUCCUCACGAGCAGCUGCUCCACACUCCAGGACACAAACUGGCCCAAAAAGAGACUCAAUCCCAAAACAUGCACAUCAAAAGCAAUCAAUAUCAGCUGCUACCAGCAUCCCAGACUUCAAGGAAUAUGUUUCUCAAAUCAUACGGGAUGCAGACAAUGAUCUAAAGAAUCUGCCAGCUGACACUAUUCAUUUUUACUGCUUGGAAGGGCAAUGCUCUCUAGCAGGGAGCCUUAGCUCAUUAGAUUCCAUCAGUGGGGAAGAAGAUAUAAAUUACGAUUGCCUCCAAGAGUGGGGGUCAAAGUUUGAGAAGCUUAAAGAACUCUAUGUGGUCUCAGAUGAAAAUUUGUAACCAGCGUUAAAGGAACUUGACACAUUGUCUUGACAUAUGGACACUACUUUUAAAAAUGCCCUUUUUUAUAUAUAAAUUACAUCAAGUAACUUACAUGAUGCAAGUUUUUAGUUACAAUAGCAUGAUAGACUCACUUUUCCCAGGAGUGAUAAUCUGAAUGAUCUUUUUAUAUGCAUUGUACAAAGUUAUUUCAUUAUAUAAGUGUAAAGACUUUUAAAGCAUGAAUUUUCUUGAAAACUUUGGAAUGUAGGAUGUUUAUAGAAUAGUAUUAUAAUAUCCUUUUUUAUUUGUGUAGACCACAGUGACUUACUAGAAUUAUCCUGGAUGCAAGAACUUGAAUUAUUUUCUCCCUAGUGUUAAUAUGAAACCUACCAUGUGGGUAACAAUGCAUAGAGCAUUCUUUUCUUAAAUUGAAUUAAUUUUAGACUGUGAAAUAAUUAUUACCAAUGCUAAAUAUAAAACAUUUACAAUUUCUGGUUUCUUGUCAGCUUUCAUUGUAUCCUCCUAAACUCUGCUCUUCCAUGACAUGACACAAACCACCUCACUCACAGGCUGCCCAACUCUGUGGGACUUUUUCUGUCUGACCAUUUUUCUAAUUAUCUGUACUAAGGCAAAAAGAGUAGCAAGAUCCCAUCUGUGAACAUGACUUUGUGACAAUUUUAAGGGCAGUUGUGGGACUUGGAAAAAGUUUCUGUUCAAUAAACUUUUGUGUCCAAGUUUGCUUUUCACAUGGAACCCUUCUUCAAAGAGUGCAGCUGGGAAGCAGAAGAGCUGAUAGCAGGUGUGAAGACAAGCUAGAAGGGCAUCCAGGCAAAAGUUGGCACUGAAUUCUUUCAAUCAAGACAGUCAUUGUAAAAAUUGGGAUCCUCAAAACAGAAAGCAUGGGAAACCUAGCCUUUACUCCUUUGCUUCCUCAUGCUCUCCAAAAAAUGACUGGUUUUGGUAUGGAAAAAAGGGAAUCAGAAGCUUCUGAAAUCUGACAUUAACUUGAACACUCACCUCUGUGACCAUGGGUAAAUCACCUUGUUCUUUCCCUUUCUCUCUUAACCUCUCUGACGUGGGCAGCUCCCAAUGCAAGGGGUGAUGUGUGAAUGUUAAUAGGUGCUUACAGAGUGCUUGUAAGCUCUGAAGCACCAAGGGUUUUUUAACUGGUUUCAUCUCAGUGGGAUUUUUUAAUUACCGUGAUACUCAACAUUUGUUUUUUAUUAAAGUCUUGAUGCUUGAUUUGAUUUACCAUUUAUGUUUUAAAAUUAUAUCUUUCAUCAUGUUUAAUCAUUUUACUAGGCAUAAAGAAUGCGAAUGCAAAUUAGUUUUGUACCUAGAAGGAAGAUUUUAAUACUAUUGGAACAAAUAGUUUACAUCAAAAAUUGAUUGAACAAAACUACCAUGGGAACUGAAUAAAAAGAUUUCCAUUCAUUUCAUGUAAUUAUUUGUAUUAAUGAUGCUAAAUCAGUAAUAUUUAUUAGAAAAAUUUGGAGAACGAGUGACCAUGAACCUCUCCUUCACAUGGCUAGGUACUAAUUGUUCUUACGAAGAGAUAAAAAAUAAAUAUGGUGGAAAGAAACUAGAACAUUUCUUACACCAAGGGAUAUUACGUAUGUUAUUACUGGAAAUAAAAAUUGCUGAGCCUCAGAAUUUCAGUAAGGUGACUCUUCCAAGUGUUGAAUUCUUACAUUUUAAUGAAGUGGAUAUACAUUUUUAUUGCUCUUUAUUAUGUUGCCUUUUCUGAACUCGGUAUCAAGUAAAGCUUAGCAUAAUUAUUGGUAAACUGUCUCUUCCAAAAGAGACUAAUUUGAAUGAUGUGCUACAAAUCAUGCUAACAGACUAUGAUCUCCUUGAGGGUUAUUUUGUAAUUCACAUUCUGAAACUGAACAUUUUACAUAGGGAUGCAUUAAACAAUAACUCAGGAAAGCUGAAGCAGUAGCUAAUUUUUUCCCUCAAAUAGCUGAAGACACAAAGUAAUAUGCACGACAGAAGAUAAAUUGCAUUGAACUCAGGACAUGUAAUGGACUUCUGUCCUAAUGGCAGAUGAGAAAGAAGAACUUUCCUCUAUCUCCUUGGGUCACUUAUAGAAAAAUGCAGAAUGCUUAUAGCUGAGAGCUGCAUGUGACACCCCCAAGAGCCACACCAUUUGCCUGAACAUGGUCCAAACACUUCUUGAACUGUCAGGCUUGGAGCUGCAACCACUUCCCUGGGUAGCCUGUUCCACUGCCCAACCACCCUCUGGGUGAAAAACUUUUCUAGUACUGUAAUAUUGUAUGUAAUCAUAAAUCUACCUUGCAAACGUCCUAUGCAGCCUUUGUGAACUAUUCUCUUGGUAAAAUAUUACUGAAAAAAAUUACAAAUUAUUGAAAUAGCUAUAAGCUUCUGCUAGUCAUCCUGCUUCUCCCCAGAACAUAUAUAUGUUCUAAGAACAGAGAUACCUGAAAAGUUUCAGAACCAGAUCCUGCCUAGUUGCAGUUGCGAGAAUGGCACAGCUGGACAUAGACUAUGCAAAUACUGAUACCUUAAUAAUUUUGGAAGUUGUUACUAUGAAAGAGUAGCUCUUCUGCAACUUCAUUCAUAAGAUGGACAUGGAGUUGGAGCAAUUCCAGAGGAGGGCCAUGAAGUUGAUAAGAGGACAGAAGCAUCCCCACUACGAAGAGGCUGAGAAAGUUCGAGCUGUUCAGCCUGGAGAAGAGAAGGUCAUGUGGAAACCUCAUAGCAGCUUUCAGUUUCUAAAGUGAGCCUACAGGAAAGCUGGAGAGGGAUUCUUUGUCAGGAAUGGUAGUGAGAGUGAUGCCUUGGGUUUUAGCUUUUAUAUUUUUCAGAAUCUCUGCUGCUUAAUGUGUAACUCUGGAACUUCAUGUUGGGUGUUGGUAAGUUCUCUUCACAGGGUAGUUAGACAAAACACUCCCCUCCCAGCUAGAAAAUCAAGGACAACUGGUACCCAAAAAGCACAAACAAUGGCAAGGGAAAGGGGGCAAGCCAGGGGGCUGAUGCUUCAUAGCCUGGGGCUGUGGUUGGACAAUUGACCCCAAUAUGUAGAUGAAUCUAAACUUAUAAAAGUGUAAAGACUGGUGAUUUGAUUUGAUUUGGGUGUAUCCCUGGCCAGGCUCUUGCACUGCCCAAAGUGUAUCCUUUCAAUAAACACCUAUUUUAUCCCUUUUGCUCUGUCUAGUCUCUGUUCCAGGUCAGCCUUUCCAG